AUGGCCCAUGAACGAACUGAAAGGACUGUGGCAGCAUGUCUGAGUGAAGUGACUGAUGGAUAUGACUUGUACAGAUCAGCCAGGACCAAGCAGAGGCACUCUGUGGCACCUGCUUCACCAGCCCUGAAAAGGGUCAACAAAGACACCAAACCAGGUGUGGAUACAAAGCAGUCAGCCAUCUUCCGUCUAGGGCCAAGAGAACAUGAGUGGCUUGUGAAGUGUGCUGCAGGACAGCAGGAUCAAAUCUGCCAGCUUCUGCUCCAGGACAUCAAGCUGGCAGAGAAGAGAAACUUCAUUUCUGGCUUCACAGUACUUCACUGGGCUGCUAAACAAGGAAACAGUGAAAUGGUGCGCAAGAUCUUUCUUCUUUCACAGCAAGGUGGGCCAGGGGUUGACGUUAACAUCAAGAGCUAUGACGGCUACACCCCACUACACAUGGCUGCUAUUCACAGCCACGAAUCAGUCCUGAGUGUUCUGGUGCGUGAUUAUGGUGCCAACUGCAACAUACGUGACAACAGUGGCAAAAAGCCCUAUCACUACUUACACAAGGACGCCUCACCCAAGGUGAGAGAGCUGCUCGGAGACCCUCAUGCUGCGGAUUACAAGCCCUCAGGCCAUGAGCAGCACUUUUCCAAUCCAUCCAAAGGGCUCAGCACUUUGAGUAAACUAUUUCAGUCCAAGCACAGAAAAAUACUCAGAUGCGGAUCAAGAUUCCACUCAGGCUUGAAGCAGCUUGACCAGCCUUGA